AAAGAAAAAAAUUUCCUCUGCGCGAUGGUCGACUGACUUCCUGUCAUGUCACUUCCUCGAGGUUAGUACAGUCGUCGCUUAGCGGUCCUGCUGAGGAGCGGUCUCCAAGUACAGUCGAAGUCAUGUGUGAAGCUUCACUGAAGCUUUAUUUAAACUGGUUGCUGUUCCCAUACCAGUUGGGAAGUAAAAGAAGAAGGAAAGUACCAGAAACUCAAGCAAGACAAGCUGUGCCAACAGGAACCCAAAGGAGCGUUCCAGGACAGGAGCAGGUGGAGAAGCGUUACGAUCCACUAGAUUCUACCCUAAAGUUUGUCAACAGGCCAGAUGAUCUGAAUCCACUGUGUGAUGACUCUCUCAGAGCAGAGAUGUCCUGUGGCCACGCUGUCACUCCUGAAUCUCUGACACGAUGGUGUCGCUCCCUGCUGGAUCAGGGGAAUUACAAAUUCAGAUGUCCGGCUUUAGCGGAGGGAACCAAGCAGUGUAAUAAAGAGUGGUCGUACCAGGAGGUGCGCAGACUGGCUGAUCUGACUGUGGAGGAAAUGCAGCACUUUGAAGAGAGCAUGGCCCGUCUGGCUCUUGCAGACCACUGCGAGGUUCAGGAAUGCCCACAGUGCAAAACAAGCGUGGAGAGGAUGGAUCUGUCUAAUCUGUGUGUCCAGUGUGUCGUAUGCACAGCUGUUCAGAAGAAGAAAUUCUACUUCUGCUGGCAGUGUCUGAAACCGUGGAAGGGUUCAGGCCCUCGAUCUGAUCGCUGCGACAACGACGGCUGUGAGAACAAGGACCUGCAACUUCUGCAGACGUGUAAAACCAUUGAUCUGCCUGAUGUAAAGGGCGUCACCAGCUGCCCCGCCAUCAGACUCUGUCCUACAUGUGGCCUGAGGGUGGAGCAUAACAGAAAACACUGCAAAAAUAUCAAAUGUCCUCGCUGCAAGAUGGAGUUCUGUUUUGUUUGCCUGAAACUGAAGCGUGAAUGUUCACAGACCAGUUCACCAUACAGAAUGUGCCCCAGUGGGGUCGCUCCAUAGCUGGACUGGCCAUCGGGCAUACCGGGCAUUUGCCCGGUGGGCCGCUGGCGAUUUUUUGUUUUUAUGGGCCGAUGGAUUUUUUUAUUUUUUUUAUUUUUUUUUAGGAAGGGUAUAUAUAA